ACGGAAUGCCUGCAGUUUGUUUUAACCAACCAGAUAUUUGGACAUUGGUUGUUUUUAGCUUCUACAAAUACGAAAUUCUACCCAUUUCUGGCUUCAAUCUGUCUUAGAAAUACCAUUAAAUACUCCCACUACUUACUCGGAACUAAUCGAACCUUUUAAAAUGCAUAUGACUCAUGCCCAUACAGAUAUACUGAAGGAGUUUUCAUCGUUUCCGGUCUCUAUCUGGUUAUAUCCUUACAAGAUCUUACUGUUGAUUCUGUUUACUGCUUCUUAUGCGUAUUGUGAGCAGGUGGUCACUCCAGAAGUGUCAAUUUAUGAUGAAACGCCUGAUGCACACACGGGCAGAGUAGUUUACUUGGAGAACAAAACAGUCCUCAUCAAUGGUCUAGUUGGAGAAAAGGUUGUCAUACAGUGUAACGUUUUCAAUAUGCCACGUGGUGCGAGGAUAUUUUGGCGACGAGAUAGCUUGUCAGGUGAUGAAGUUUCCGAAGUGAUCAACGACGGCCUUAUGUCACGUGAUAUGUCUAGGUGGAAAGUUGGUCAGGGCAAGCAGCAAGAUUCUGUUCGUUUAGAAAUAAUGUCUUUGGAUAAAACAUAUGAAGGGAAAUAUACUUGUGAAUGCCAAUAUACUGGAUCUGUGGAACCGGCAAGAGUUCACAGAAUUUUACGUGUUUUUGCUAAGCCAAAUAUUGUCCGACAUAUGUCAUCCUAUGAUACAGAUGCUGAUUCUGGUGAUCCAGUUACUCUGCAGUGUAAUGCAGAUGGCAUUCCACCACCAGUUAUCUACUGGAGACGUACGGCUGGUGAAAGUAGUAUUAUACGCAAUUUUGGCGCGGUUAAAAGUGGGAAUACAAUUAAAUUUGAUCAAGUGGAAGCUGAUGAUGCUGGUGAAUAUAUGUGUUAUGCGGAAAAUUCUAUGGGCCAAGCUCUGUGGCGUGUUAGAUUACAAGUUAGACAUGCACCGAUAGUUCGAAUAUUCCCUUUUGCACCAUCACAGAAAUCCGGUUGUAAUCUAAGAUUAAUGUGCGUUAUUAAUGCUAAUCCACCAGUGUCACAACAUGCUUGUCGAUGGUCGUCAAAUAGAACAGGAACUGUUACAUCAACAUCCGUUGGUACCAAGUUGACUUAUUUAAAUGCUGGAUUAAUACGUGAUCUAGUCUUGGAUUUGGAGCCGAUCACCAGAUUAAAUUUUGGAGAUCUUUAUACUUGUACUGCAACGAAUACUUUAGGCACAACCAGUGCUACAACAGGGAUUUCAGAAUCUACCACUGAAGUGUUACUUAUCAAUGGUAGAAAUGCUUGUAAUCAAGCUGUGAGCUGGAUACAUAUGAAUUUUCACUUACUUUUAGGUAUGCAAUGCAUGAACAUCUUAGUAAUGAUCAUAGUACAUUGAAAAAUAGAAAACAUACUUCACACUUUCAAAUAUACUUAUCGUUUUUUAUUCUCUUGUGAUUAUUAUUAUUAUUAUUAUUAUCGGUUACGAAUUUUGUAUACUCCGUAUCAAUAUCAAGAAUCGUCUUCCUUUUUUUUGCUGUAUAAAGUUUUGUUAAUUCAUGUUCUUGUCUAUCUUGUUUUCCUUUACUGAAUAACUAACUCUCAAGAUGAUUACGAUAAAUACAGUCGAGUGUUUGUCUUUAUUUGCUAA